GCUCGAGUGGAAUUGUACUUUCAGAGCGUACCUUCUCAUGGACGGGCAGUUGAAGAAUGUGGAUAUGGAAGGCGGAGAAUUAUCUGAAGAUGCAUUUUACAUUUUGGAUCAAGAAACGGUGAUGGAGUCCUCCUCCCUCGACCAUGUUGAGACUUCGAAGCUAUGAAAUGAGCCAGGCCGGUUCAGCAAUAACGAUGUUUUUUCAGCGAAGUGAGUUGAAGUCAUUAAAUCUUGGAGCUGUCUGACAGUGGCGAUAUCUACGUGGGAAUAACAGAAGCAAAACAAUGGCCGAAAGAAGUUCUUCUACCAUCUUUGAUGAUGACAUGGACGACGAUUUCUUGUCAUGGAUUCCGUCCAAUGUAAUGGCUCGUGACAAAAGCCUGAAAAUUGAUGAGGGUCCACCGGUCAAAGCAAAGCGCAAGCAGUUUAUCUCACCAAAGAUAGACGUUGAUCUAGAUUUCGAGAUGCCAUCGUUUGAAAUAGACUUGGCUGCAUUGGAGUUCAAUCCACCACCGAAGUCUCAACCCGCGAAAUCACAGAAUUUGGAUGGCAACGAUGAGUUUUCCUUUGAUAUCAGCGGAUCCGAAAAUACAAUUUUACAACCAUCGAGGGAAAUUAGAGUCGACUCUCCUGGACCAUCACGGAAGUCAGUAAACAAUUCUGUGCCCCAGGAGGUUUCAAGCCUUUCUGACACCUAUGUUCCUGUCCCCGAAUCAAAGUCAAGUCAGAGGAAAUCUGAAGAUACUGCGGCCUUCGAGGAACCUGGAGUGAAAAAUGAUUCAUCGUCUGAAGUGAAAAAUGCACCUGUAGUGAGCAAAGAGGAUUGCAGAAGCGCAGCUCAAGUGAUUUGUAACCCUUCAAAAAAUAUCACGGAAUCGAUAUGUGAAGGUCAUGAAUCAGAGCACAUGAAUGGUGAUGGAAGUGAUUCGCUAUCACCUAAUACAAAACGAGCAAGUUGGGACCAGUCAACUAGCUCCUCCCACCUGUCAAAAUUUCACAAGCCUGAACUACCCUUAAGAUCUGAAAACCACUCUGCAAUUCUGUCCGCUCAAGAGAAUCUAAAGCAAAGUGAAGCAAUGAAGUUGGCACAAAUAACCUGUCAUCCCUCAAGACCCGACGGCAAGGUUACAACAGAUCUACAACUAUUGAACGUCAAGACGCUCGAGUACUGUCCACCCGGUGAAGGAGAAUCCAUUAAGAUGAAGGAGGAUCAUACACGUCUGAAUGAUCCGUCUUCAACGCCCGUCAGAGAGAAGCAAUGUCUAUUCAAUGAAGGUGGUGCUCCGCAGGGUUCUCAAACGGGGGCAAAUCCGAAAGAUAGGUAUACCGAGGCGGAAGAUGAACUCGAUGUGGAGACGAGCGUGAGAGAAAAUACUGUUCCAAUACAAUCUUGUGACCAUGGAAUCGGAGAAACUAUGAUAGAUAAUUCUUUAAAUGAGUCAAAGCGCCCACAACAAAGCCAUAUAUCGAAAAUGCCCGAUAAUGCAGCACCAUCAGUAGAUUCUGAGAAAACGAAUGUUCAAGAGAAAGUGGUCGCCGAUCCCAUCGAAGGCGCACCUGUGGUAAAAUCCGUUUAUUUUGAGAAAAAGACUCUGCAAACUUUACCGCAAGUCUCAACGAAUGGCGUAAUGAAGACUGAGUGUCGGCCCAGAGGAGAUAAUGUCACGUCGCUGCACAAACUCGAUGGAUCUGAACCAGUAAGAGAUUCCGGAAAUAACAGUUUUUCGAGGAAUGAUCUUAUAAAGGAGCCGAAGGUUGUUGAAGAUCUUGUGGUCGCGAACACUGAUGCAUCUGUCGAUAAUGAAGUUGGACCUAAAUGCAGCAUAGACAUCCCAAAGACGACUCAUAUAAGUAAAGAAAACAGAGGGAAAAGUGAUAAAGGACGUGGAGUCAACAAACUGAAAAGAAAGCUUACAAACGAAAACAAGAACAACGACCAGAGGCAAGUACGAUGCCAAACAGAUGCAAAGGUGACGCCAAAGAGAGAUGAAACGAAACAAGUGUACAUCCUUAACACAAACUUUCCAGCUGCUUGUCUCAACGCAUCAUCAUCACCCAGGUUUGCAUUGGAGUCAACUACUCUUCGGAAGGGUAAAAAAUCGGUAAAGAACGUAAAAAGCAACAAACCAGCGACGUGGAUAGAGAGAUUGCAAUCUUCAGCAAAAUUACCGCUAGGGGGACUACAGAGCAGAACAGCUAAACAGGUGAAGACAGAUUCCUCCAAAGACAGGCAUGGUGCUGCAGAAUUAGUGAGGAUAAAUAAUAUCGAUACGAACAGGAUGAGAAGUAACACUGCUUUUCAGUUUAAUCAAGGUAUUCAGCCGACCCACCACUCGAAUGUGACAGCUGAACCUUCCAAUCUUCCUCCGAAGAAGACAGCAGAGCAGGAGUUAAAUCAUGCAGGAGCUACAACUCAAGAGAACAUCAUGGAAGCUCGCACUAUGGAAGAAUCGCAACAGAGUCGUGCAGAUGCAGAGACAACAACGGCCCAGGUCCAAAGCUCCGAGGAUUUGCUCCUCAGUGAGAGAAGGGGCCUUAUUGAGCAAGCCAAUCUUUAUUCCGAUAAACUUGAAGAAAUGAUGAGGACCUUGAGAAUGCUGAAUUGCGACGCAAAAGACUUGAUUGUGAGGGCUCUGGUCUGCAACAACAAACUCCUGAUGAUGCAGAGCCCGAUGAACGAAGAAAUUAUUCAGAAUUUGAAGGCUUCGAUUCUGGAAACGUUAAACAUCGAAGGGUGUCCUGCGGAGUUCUUGUAGAGAGUUCAGAUGGUGUUGCACAUUUGCAACAACGGAUUCAAGAGAACAACCCUACAACGGAUUCAAGAGAACAUCCCUACACAUUUUGUACAUCACUACAUGAUGGAUGGCUUUUCACGAAUAUUGCGAAUCAAGGAAAUCAAUGUCUUUUCGUUUAGACUAAGCAAUUAGUGAGAAUCAGCGAAAUUUUUUUUUCAUUCAAAACGUGCAUGAUGUACAUAACUGAUUGGCCUAAAUUUCUCACCCAACAUUUUGAUCACACAAGGUCGAUGUGGGAAAAGUCUCUUUGAGGUAGAAAGCUUCGACUAUUAUGAAUCUCCA